AUGGCAAUCCGUGGCCAGACGACUCCCUUUGGACCCUACGGUGGUUUACGGCCGGAGGAGGGAAGGCAGUCCGAAGAUCCUGAACGUCUCUCUGCCUUGGGUGCUGGCAGUGGGGCAGCAGAUGUAGAAUAUGAACAGUUUCUGAAAGUGAAAGAGGUGCAGAGAGCGAUGUUUCAAGCGGAGAACAAGACCCUUGUCCAUCAGUGUGCUGACACUGACGUGAUCCAAGCAACGGAAGGUUCCAUCGCCUGCAUCGACGGCAACCAGGCAGCAGCGCAUGUGGCCUACGCCCUCAGCGACUGUGCCUUCAUUUACCCUAUCACUCCAUCAUCACCCAUGGGAGAGAUGGUGGAUGAAUGGUCUGCCCAAGGACUCCUCAACUGCUACGGACAAAAGCUGAGUGUGACAGAGAUGCAAAGCGAAGCGGGUGCUGCUGGAGCCUUGCAUGGAGCGUUGAAGGCCGGCGCCUUUUCCACCACUUUCACAGCGAGUCAGGGAUUGCUCUUGAUGAUCCCCAACAUGUAUAAGAUUGCUGGUGAGUUGCUCCCCUGUGUGAUGCAUGUUGCUGCCCGAGCACUCGCCGGGCAAGCACUGUCGAUUUUUGGGGAUCACAGCGAUGUGAUGGCCUGUCGUUCGACAGGGUGGUGCAUGCUGGCUUCGGAAUCUGUGGAGAUGGUGCAGUACAAUGCGCUAGUAGCACACUUGGUCUCGAUGGAACGGCGUGUUCCUGUCCAACACUUCUUCGACGGCUUCAGGACGAGCCACGAGGUGAAUAAGGUGCGGCUCAUCGACUACAACAGCAUGAAACAGUUCAUCAAUUGGGAUGCUGUCAAAGAACAUCAUGACCUCGCCAUGAACCCUCGACAUCCACAUGUACAAGGUACAUCACAAGGACCAGACAUUUUCUUCCAAUGCGUGGAGGCAGGCAAUGUGUUCUACGACAAUUUGGCCGACCUCUUCGAAGCGAAGUCAAGGCUUGUGGAGCAGAAGACUGGGGUGCACUAUGCCCUCUAUGCAUAUGAAGGCCAUGCAGAGGCGGAGUAUGUGAUUGUGGUCAUGGGCAGCGGGGCUGUGACCUGCAGCGAGACGGCCAAGUACCUUCAGGAAAAGGGAGAGAAGGUUGGUGUACUAAAGGUGCGCCUCUUCCGCCCAUGGGAUCGAACUCGAUUUAUGGCUGCGCUGCCCAAGACGACAAAGAGGGUUUGCGUCUUGGAUCGAACCAAGGACUGGCAGGGAUCACAAGGUGAGCCGUUGCUCCUGGAAGUCUCUGCGACGUUCCAGUUCAUGUCGAGGCCAGACAUCAUUUGCAUCGGAGGCCGCUAUGGUUUGGGAUCAAAGGAGUUCACUCCCAAUAUGGUGCUGUCUAUCUAUGAGAACCUCAAGAAGGAUGCUCCAAAGCCUCGCUUUACUGUUGGCAUUAAUGACGACGUCACUCAUUUGUCCUUGCCUGUGGGCGAAUGGCUCAACGUGCUGCCGCAAGGGACCACCGAGUGCAUGUUCUACGGCCUGGGAAGCGAUGGGACUGUCGGGGCAAACAAGAGCGCCGUGAAGAUGAUUGCCAUGGGAACGGAACUUUAUGCUCAGGCCUACUUCGAAUAUGAUGCCAAGAAAAGUGGCGGUGUGACCAUCAGCCACUUGCGCUUCGGUCCCAAGCCAAUCUAUGCCCCGUACAACGUGCGUGCAGCAGACUAUUUGGCCAUUCACAAGCCAAGCUACGUGGCCAACUACGACAUGACUCGCUACAUGAAGCCCAAUGGAGUUUGCGUCAUCAACUGCUCCUGGAGCGUGUCCGAGCUUGAGAGCAAAUUGCCUGCAAAGAUGCGCCGGGACUUGGCAUCAAAGAAGGCAAAGCUGUAUAUCAUCGAUGCCACUCAGAUUGCCGUGAAGGCUGGCUUGGGCAAGCGCAUCAAUAUGAUCAUGCAGAGUGUUUUCUUCAAGCUUAGUGGAGUCAUGCCCUUCGAGGAGGCCAUUGAGAUGUUGAAGAAGAGCAUCAAGAAGAUGUAUGGAAAGAAAGGUGACAAGGUCGUACAGAUGAACAUCGAUGGUGUGGACGCCUCUGUGAGUGGCAUCAUUGAGUGCCCUGUGCCCGCAGAGUGGGCCAAUCUCACGGUGCCUGGAGAGGCCGGGGAUGCGACACAGGUGGCCAAGGGUCCACGCAAGAUCGUUGAUUUGGCGCCAAAGCAGUUUGCGGACACUGUGCAGCAGCCUUGCAAUAACCUGGAUGGAAAUUCCUUGCCAGUCAGCACUUUUGUGCCUGGCGGCCGUGUGCCUCUGGGCACCAGCCAGUUUGAGAAGCGGGGCAUUGCAAUCAAUGUACCGAAGGUGGACAUGGAUCUCUGUACGCAGUGCAACAAGUGCAGCUUGAUUUGUCCCCAUGCAGCUGUUCGCCCCUUCCUGGCCACGCAGAUGGAGCUGAACUCCGCACCCAAAGACUUCAAGGAUGGUAGCCGGGCAGCGAUCGGAGGUGGUGUUUUGGACAGCUACCAGUAUCGUAUCCAGGUCUCGCCUUGGGAUUGCACUGGCUGCGAGUUGUGUGUGCGUAUUUGUCCCGCUGACGCACUCGAGCUGGCCGAUGCAGCAAAGGUCAUCGAGGAGGAGGAAGCGAACUGGAACUUUGCAGUGACCUUGCCAGACCGUGGUGAUGAGAUUGACAAGACCACAGUGAAGGGGUCCCAGUUCCAAAAGCCAUAUCUGGAGUUCAGUGGAGCAUGUGAGGGUUGCGGCGAGACACCGCAUGUGAAGCUCAUGACCCAGCUCUUCGGAGAGCGCCUGGUGAUCGCCAAUGCCACUGGCUGUUCUUCGAUUUGGGGUGGAUCGAACCCAUCCUUCCCCUACACAGUCAAUUCCAAGGGCGAAGGUCCUGCAUGGGCAAACUCACUGUUCGAAGACAAUGCAGAGUUUGGUUUUGGAAUGCGCAAGGCAUUCAAGCAACGCCGUGACUAUUUGGCAAAUCAAGUGGAGGACGCUUUGGCAGACAAGACAGUGGUGAUGAGCGAGGAGCUUCGUGCGGCUCUGAACCAGUUCCUGGUGAUGCGCAAGGAGAACAUGCAUGAUUUGCUCUUGCCUCGUGGCCGAAGUAUCUACCAUCAAAUCAUGGAGAAGUUGGUGCCUUUGCUUGAGAAGGAGAAAGAUUCGCAUGCAAAGAUCAAAAAUCUCUACGAGCUGGAAGAUAUGUUUGGUCGAAGCAGCUUCUGGAUGGUUGGUGGCGAUGGCUGGGCUUAUGACAUCGGCUACGGAGGUCUUGACCACGUCAUUGCCAGCGAGGAACACGUCAACAUCCUUGUGCUUGACACAGAGAUGUACAGCAAUACAGGUGGCCAGGCAUCGAAGGCAACACCCAAAGGUGCAAUGGCAAAGUUUGCAGAAGGGGGCAAGGCCACCAUGAAGAAGGAUCUAGGACAGCUUGCCAUGACUUACAAGAACGUGUAUGUGGCCAGCAUCUGCGUGCAUGUGAACCCACAGCAGGCUGUACGUGCCCUCAUUGAGGCAGAUGCUUAUGCAGGACCCAGCAUUAUCCUGGCUUAUGCCCCUUGCAUCAGCCAGGGCUUCCCCAUGGCUGAGUCGAUCCAGCACUGUCAGAUGGCAGUUGACAGUGGCUACUGGCCCUUGUACCGCUACAAUCCCGAUGCAGCUGCUCAUGGAAACAAUCCUUUCCAACUAGAUAGCAAGAAGAUCAAGGGCGAUCUCUUCAAGUUCUUGGCGAAGGAGAAUCGCUUUGCAGCAGUCAUGCGCCGCGAUCCCAAGCAUGCCCAGGAGCUGGACGACCGGUUGCAAGAGGCUGUCGUCCAGAAGAACCACUUGUUGCAGGUGUUGAACAAGGAGGACCUGGAAGGUCAGUUCAGCAAGCUGGUGGAGGGACUUUCUGAUGCCGCCUCGACCUCCGACAUGGUCACGAUUCUCUACGGCAGUGAGACUGGAAAUGCAGAAGAACAGGCAAAGAAUUUGAUGCAGGACAUCCGUGCUCGCGGGCUGAAGGCUCAAGUCUCCUCGCUGGAUGACUUUGAGUUUGAGGAGCUGCCAAACCAGAAGCUUGUGAUUCUGGUGGUCUCGACUUGUGGUUUGGGCGAGUUUCCUGCAAACUGCAAGCAGACGUGGAUGAAGCUUCAGUCCCAGGAGUUGCCUAUGAGCUGGCUUUCCGGCACCAAGUUCGCUGUCUUCGGCCUGGGUGAUUCAACAUAUAGCCAGUUCUGCGUCGCGGCCAUUCAGUUUGACACUCGCUUGGGUGAGUUGGGUGGUCAGCGCCUCUUGAAGCGUGGUGUGGGCGACGACCGCGACGAGGAUCGCUACUACACUGGAUGGGAGGCGUGGCUCCCUGAGCUUUGGAAAGUCAUGGGCUUGCCCCAAAUGCCGCUGUCCCAGGAGGCUCCAGCACCUUGCUACCGCGUGGAUGUGAGCGGCGGAAAGCCCCCGAGUGACGAUGACAUUGUCCCGCCUGGCGCUUCCAAGCUGACGCUUUUGCACAACUCUCUUCUGGUGCCGGAGAAGUAUGACCGUGAUAUUCGGCACUAUGAGUUCAAGAUCGAAGGCACCAACGUGACCUAUAAGACGGGCGAUAGUCUGGCAGUGUGGCCACGAAACCCCUUCGACAAAGUAGAGGAAUUUUGCAAAGAGAUGGGCUUUGACUCCACACAAACUCUUCGUGUCCUGCCCACGGAAGGUGCGAGGAAUUGGUGUCCACAAGAGCUGUCUGUGCGACAGCUUUUCAGCCACGUGUUGGACAUUUUUGGAAAGCCGAAUCGAAAAUUCUUCGAGACCCUCUCCUUCUUUGCCAAGGAUGAGGCGGACAAGAAAGCGCUGCAGAACGUCGUGGAGAACAAUGCCGAGGGCCAGGCGUUGUACAGAGAUCUGACCCACGACUUUGCACAUCACGCUGAUGUAUUCAAGAGGUUCAAGAGCGCUCGACCUCCCAUUGAGCAGCUGCUCAACAUGAUCCCAGUCUUGAAGCCCCGAAGCUACUCCAUUGCCAGCAGCCCUUUGAUGCACCCAGACAAGAUCCAGCUGUGUGUGGUGCUUGUCGAUUGGACUGUGGAGAGCACCAAAGAGCUGCGACUAGGCGAAGCCACAGGCUACAUGCGUCAGCAGAAGCCUGGCACCACCAUGAUGUGCGCUGUGCGCCAAAGUGCUAUCGUGCUUCCCAAGGACCCUGUGAAGCCCGUUAUCAUGGCUGGUAUGGGAACUGGACUUGCGCCCUGGAGAGCUGUCACCCAGGAGCGAAUCUGCCAGCAUCGACAAGGUAACAAGGUUGGACCAUGCCAUCUCUUCUUCGGUGCACGCUACAAUGCGGAAUACCUGUAUCGCGACGAGUUCGAGGGCUAUGUCAAGGAGGGUGUGCUGUCAAUGCACACAGCCUUCUCCCGUGAACAGGCCCGCAAGAUCUACGUGCAGCAUAAGAUUGUAGAGGCCGGCAAGGAAGUGCACGAGUGCAUGCUGAAGCAGGAGGGCCACUUCUACGUUUGCGGCUCUGCAAGGCAAGUGCCUGAGGACAUCUACACCGCAAUGAAGGAGGUGAUGAUGGCCAAUGAGAAGGUGAAUGAGGACGAGGCAGAGGCCAUCUUGUCGAACCUGAAGAUGGAGGGUCGCUACACAGUGGAAGCUUGGUCAUGA